AUGUUCAGACCGGACAAAGAGGGCAAGCAUGGGCUGAGCCCACAAUCAGACGACCCAAACUCCAAGCGAGGCAAGGCUCUAUAUCUUGUUGAGUCGCCCGGAGGAACUUUGAGAGAGUCAGAUCCUUCUGCAAUUCAUCAACACAGUCUCGCUGCCAUGAACGACUCAAGCUCUAAGCCGUCAGGGGCUAAAGUCCCUCAGCUCAAUGAUCCAGGCCCAGAGAUAUAUGGAACUGAUGCCAGAGUACAUUCUCUGUCUACCUCGGAACCACCAAUUGCUGCCUUUGGACCACCUCUGGCUGCCCGUGGACCGUCUAAUACUGCCUUUGGGCCACCUGUUGCUGCUCGUGGACCACCCAUUUCCGCCUUUAGACCUCCUAUUGCUACCCGUGGACAUUUUUCUGCUGCUCCUGAUCCUUCUUUUGCUGGAAGUUCGAGUCGUCCUGCUUUUCCUGGCCCCCAGAACAGUCAAAGCGGGAAUCAACAGCAAGCCAGUGAAGAACAGUACCCUCCAAAAUUCGCUUGUCGCACAAAUAUCAAUCAAGAUCUCUCGCAGGAGCACCUCAGUACUCUCUCCGUCGCAGAGAAAGUUCGAAAAGGUAUUGCCAUGGGUUUGGCCAACACCUUGCCAUAUGAAAACGCCCCCCCAGGCACUAAACUACCCAUGAAUUGCAUGACAGUGGGAGACAUGAUGAAACGAAUGGACACGGCGUAUCACAUGUCCCCUGCACUCUCUUCUUUUCACUCUGAGGGAGAUCCCAACGGAGCGGACAUGAUCAACAAGGAACUGCCCUUCGAUGGGUAUGCGCCACUUGCGCGGUUCGCUGCUCACCAAAACCGAAUGCAGCAUAUGCAAUCCAGAAUACCUCACCUGGCUGUUACUAGCGCGAGGCUUCGAGUAGUUACUGAAACUGGCAACAUGCAUCGCUGGUCCCCCAUUGAGCUGUCCGAGUAUUCUCCGGAGCUCGUGAUGCGUAUUGAGCCCUUGUAUGACCAUGCUUCGAUCCAAGCUUCGCUUCAAGCCAACGGCACCUUGGGACCACCAAGUCUCACAUCCUGGCUUGGAUGGGCCCGCCGUCGCUUUGGUUACAAGAAACUUGAGCUUGAGUCUCUCAUUUUCGUACACGACAAGGAGAAAGACAUGUCGAUGAAACAAAGUCUAUCAGUCGCCCCAAAGAAGUUACAACCUUCCACUAACAAGGAUACUUUCGAAGGGUCGUCCACUAAUGAGGAUACCUCUGGAGGAUCAUCCACUAAUGAUGAAAUCGACGUUCUUGAGCUUGACGACCUGAAAGGUAGCAUCACUGUAUAUGAGUUAACUGUGUUGGCCCAUGGGACUACCCAACAAGCACACAGCUGGACAUGGUUCGAGAUUGUCAAGCCACUACUUGACCUUGAGGGCCCCGCGCCAGAGGGUUUAAGCACCAUACCCAACGCUGUCCUCACGUUUGUCAUGCCGACGGCCUCUAUUGAGAAAGUCACAGAGGACAAGCCUGUGAAGCUCGAAGACUUGGUACGACUCAAGGUGGAUGCUUAUAAUGAGAACGCUGGUCGCCAACUCAAACUUGGCUGGAGGUUUACCAGAAACGGCAUCCCGACCUUUGUAACCACACCCAAGCCACCGAUUAUGCAAGAGCAAGGUUUCCCCCCAGAUUUCUUCUAUAUCGAUGCUGCCCCUCGUUAUUCUGACGACAGACAAUGGUGGCGUACUGUCCGCGACCAAGCUAUCAACGACCGAGGCCAAUGGCAACAUGUCCAAGCUCUCAUGUCGUCCAAUGUCUGCCUUGCCGACAUCUGUUCGAAGAAAGGUGCCAAAUGGGUCAAGGUCAAGCCCGAAGCGCAGAGAAGCAUUUUUGAAAGAAACUUGAUGCCUGAUUCGGGUUCCGGGUCACGUCGAGCCAAGACAACCCAUGGAGCAUCUAGACUGCGCAACCAAGUUCAGUAA